ACAAUAGGGUUCUAUGAUUUCUUGAUUGUUAUAUUGUAGUUCCUGUAAUUUGGAGUCAUGCGGCCUGUCCAUCAGGAUGCAUUAGUCUUAAGACACCCGAAGAGAAAAUCAUACCACCAUUUAUUUAAAUGCGAAAGGAGGCAGUCAGAUUGGUAUCGGGUCAGUACUUCAGUGUAAACAGGUGCGCCAGCCACGUAGCCCUUCAUACCCGGAAGGAAAAAAACUAAAACGAGCGACGCUACAUUUAGAGAUGGAUCAGAGGGCCAUCCAGCAGGAGUUUGAGGAUCAGUUCAAUGAUGUGGUUUCCAGACUGCAGACCAAGCAGUUCUUCCAAUCUGACUGGGAUAUCGCUUCUUUUGCAGUCUUCUUGAUCUUCAUUGGUAUGGUUGUGUUGCUGGUCAUCUUGGUUUUCAUCCGCUGCUGCUGCUGCUGCUGCUGUGAUGAUGAGCAGCCUCGAAGACGGAAGGUUGGCAUAGAGAACAUGGCUCUGGAGCCCUGACAGCUGAACUGCACUGACUAUUGUGGAUGUGACUGAUGACAGUGGAAGCAGAGCAUCAUAGUUUGACUUCUGUGCCAUAGCAGAAGCUUUGAUUUUACUAUCACCAGUCUGUAAACAAAUGUGCACUUAGAAUGAAUUGUUGUUCACAAGCCCUUUGCUAACCAUUAAAUGAAACCUAACACGUGAUAUGUUGACUGUCACUGCUAUGUGGGGUUUAUUGCUAGGAUACUGCAGAGGAUUUGGAAACUCUCAGCUGUAUGUAUUUUUAUGCCUCUGUCGAUUUAAAUACAACUUCCUCUUACUAUGUUUGUUUGCUAUUUUAAGGUUUUACUUAUAUAAUAAACAAUAUAAAAGUAAUAAAAAUGUAAACUUGGCUCUAA